AAAACGCAGAUGGAAGCUUUGGGAGACACAGAUCCAAGAGUCGCAGAGACUUGUAGGUACUUGGCUGAGGCUCAUGUUCAGGCAAUGCAGUUUGAUGAGGCUGAGAAUUUGUGUAAGAAAACAUUGGAAAUCCAUCGUGCACACAGUCCUCCAGCUUCUCUUGAAGAGGCAGCUGAUCGUCGUUUGAUGGCUCUAAUAUGUGAGGCUAAAUGUGAUUAUGAGUCAGCCCUUGAGCACCUUGUACUUGCCAACAUGGCUAUGAUUGCCAAUGGACAGGAAACUGAGGUUGCAGCUAUUGAUGUUGGAAUAGGGAACAUCUACUUGUCGUUGUCUCGUUUUGAUGAGGCCGUCUUCUCCUAUCAGAAGGCACUCACUGUUUUCAAAUCAUCUAAGGGUGACAACCAUCCUUCAGUUGCAUCUGUCUAUGUAAGGCUGGCUGACCUAUACUACAAGACAGGAAAACUGAGGGAAUCCAGAUCCUAUUGUGAGAAUGCCCUCAGAAUAUACGCAAAACCUGUACCUGGAACAACCCCUGAAGAUAUUGCCUGUGGAUUGACGGAAAUCUCAGCAGUAUAUGAGUUAUUUAAUGAACCCGAGGAGGCCCUGAAACUGCUGCUCAAGGCAAUGAAACUAUUAGAGGAUAAACCAGGACAGCAAAGUACCAUUGCUGGCAUAGAGGCACGAAUGGGUGUUAUGUUUUAUAUGGUCGGGAGAUAUGAAGAGGCGCGCAGUUCCUUAGAAAAUGCAGUGAUAAAACUUAGAGCCAGUGGUGAGAGGAAAUCAGCUUUCUUCGGAGUUGUUUUAAAUCAGAUGGGAUUGUCUUCUGUACAACUGUUUAAAAUAGAUGAGGCUGCUGAGUUAUUCGAAGAAGCUAAAGAAAUUCUGGAACAGGAGUGUGGCCAUUGCCAUCAAGAUACCCUUGGUGUGUAUAGCAAUCUUGCCGCCACUUAUGAUGCUAUAGGAAGAGUGGAUGAUGCUAUUGAGAUUCUGGAGUACGUUCUUAAACUAAGAGAAGAAAAACUCGGAACUGCGAAUCCUGAUUUCAACGAUGAGAAAAAGAGGCUGGCUGAAUUAUUGAAAGAAGCAGGCAGAUCUCGGAACAAAAACCCGAAAUCCUUAGAGAAUCUUAUUGAUCCAAACUCUAAAAGGACAACGAAGAAGGAGACUUCAUCAAAGAAGUGGUCUGCAUUUGGGUUUAGAAGUUGAUUCUGCCGCAGCAAAAAUAUUUCUGUAAACAUUGUAAAGGUAUUGUAUAGGAAGCUAAGCUAAUAUCAUUAUAAUCUGGUAAAGGUGUUGUCCUUUUGAAUUCAUGUCAUUUAUCUUUGUUUUCAUUCAUUGCUUGAUUGUUCAUCAGUUCGUAAUUUGAUGUUGUCAAUUUUUUCCCUCUAAA